GAGAGCUGUCACACGGGGCGGCGAGUCUGGGAUCGCGGAGCAUCGCGCGAUGUAUCGUCUGACGUGAAUAACGGGCUUUUGACACUUGAAACGCCUCGAUCGCGGAAAACAUUCCGAUGGUAUGACAGUCGGUUAUCAUAAGGUAUUUCGUAUACCUUUUAAAAUAACGUUAUAGACUGUAUUCUUGUUUGUGGUCAUUAUCCGGAUACCGCGCCUUUGCAACAAGUGGAUUUUCGGUGCGCAAAACGCGAUCUGGUUGUCUCAGUCAUGGAGGAUCAAAACAGUCGUGAUUCGACCGAGUCCGAGAGCGUGUCUCUAUCACCCAAUAUACCAUCUCCUCCGGUUUUACCUCACCAGGCAGCGCAGCAGGUCCACAGAACCACGAACUUUUUCAUCGACAAUAUCCUAAGGCCAGACUUUGGUUGCAAGAAAGAUCCUGGGAAUAGGGACCGGGCGCAAACCUCGGGUCGGGAGAACGUUAACCCUAUGGUGGUAAGGCCGUCGCUUAAUAGCAACCUUUGCCAGGAUUCAAACUGUAGCAGUGACAGCACUUCUUCGUCCUCGUCGUCUUCGCCAUCCUCAAAGCAGGCUCCGUCAAAGCUUGUCGAAGGAAAUGGAACUAGCACGCAAAGGUACGCGGAGAAUACGACGGUAAUGGUGGUGAACGCUAGCAGUGGGACUCCGCCAAGUAAAGAAUCCCAGCCUUUACUCUGGCCUGCCUGGGUUUACUGCACCAGGUACUCGGACAGACCUUCAUCUGGCCCAAGGACACGAAAAUUGAAAAAGAAGAAAAGCGAAAAGGAAGACAAGCGACCGAGAACCGCUUUCACGGCCGAGCAGCUACAGAGACUGAAAGCCGAGUUUCAGGCCAAUCGGUACAUAACGGAGCAGCGGAGACAGUCGCUGGCCCAGGAACUUAACCUCAAUGAAUCGCAAAUCAAAAUCUGGUUCCAAAACAAGAGGGCCAAAAUCAAAAAGGCUACUGGUUAUAAGAACGGCCUCGCUCUUCAGCUCAUGGCUCAAGGACUCUACAACCAUUCCACGACCACAGUUCAAGAUGAAAAUAAUGAAAGCGAGUGAAAAACGGCCCGGUUUCUAUUUUAAAAUGGGCCAUGGACGCUGAUCUGAGAAGUGUUCUUUUUUUGUUCUCUCAUAUUUUGUAUGAAUCAAACGAAAAGGAGAUUCUUCGAAUUCUGCGAAUUGAAGAUGCGCUAUUUAAACACAUUUCUGUUUAUUAAACGUAUAUGGACAUGCAUCUAAAUACAAACACUAUGAAAAUUUAUAUAUAGCCAAUACUGUAAGAUGUGUAUAUUUAAUUACAGGCAAGGGGAUGUCUAUAUUGCUCCUUACCUGCUGAAUAUUUCUAACGUUUCUUUCCUUCCCCGAUGUGGUUGCUCACCGUUCCAGUAGGCCUAGUGUCAGGCUUGUUAGUUUUUGUGAUAGCCCUGUCUCUUAAAUCCCUUAUCUCACAGUUCUUCAAAUGCGUGACUGAACCAACGCUUCAAGCCAAAGAUUUUAAUAUGUUCAGAUUAUGUUGUCUGAAAUAAAAAGGUAGAAUAUG